ACUUAACCAACUGAGCCACUCAGGCACCCGGGCAGUGUCUUUACCUUAUGCUGCCAGGCACGUUGGCUGGCACGUGGUAGGCACAUUGUGGACAUUUUGCUAAGUGAAGGGAGGCAUUGUUGGUAAGCAGGCCUCUGGACUCUUCAUAGGUUCAGAGGAAGGAGCAGAGCUGGAAAUGGCACCGGAGGCCAUUCUUCAUUCUGUUCCACUGGGAGCAGACGGGGCCAGGGGGAGAAACAGUUGGGGACAAGGGUCAGGGCCCUCGUUUCAGAAGUUUCUGCAGCAGGCUCUGAACAGGGGCUCUGGAGUCAAGCAAACUUAGAUUUUAACUCCUAUUUCCUCACUUCAUGGAGGGUUGGCCUCCGAGCCUCAGUUUCCUAGUCGAGAAAAUGGGAAUAUGGGAAUACAGGCCUUGAGGGGUCGAUGUGCGAAUUCAGGGAGCUGCUGAGUCCCCAGCGCUGGGACGCCGCUGGGCCGGCGGGGCUGGCGUUGACGCCCGCCUCUUCAGCUGCCUAUCGAGCCGCACCUGACAGCUGCCAGUCUUUGGAGACUGAGUUGGUUUUUUCUCUGAAAUGACAAUCCUCUGAGACUUCCAGAUAGUCUUGUAAGGCCCUGAGUUACCCAGGGCUGGUGCCACACACAUGCAGUUACGUGUUUUACUCUUCCAUGAGAAACCUUACGGUGCUUUAGGACAGGAUUGCCGUGGGCGGCCACGCAGCAUCAUUGUGACUUGUGGGACGGGGAGAAAUCACUUGUAACCACGAAGACAGCAGAGGGGAUGGGGCACCGGAGGAGAGAUGCGGGCAAGAACGUUUCCAUGCUAAAGGAAGGGAAGUCGAGGCGGGAGCAGCCUCCGGGUCCAGUGUCGGGCACCCCAGUGCUUGGUAUUUCUUGGCUGGGUGAGCAGACGGAAAGAGGUCUGAGAAGGGAAGCUGUUCUUCGAGUUAGUUGCGGGGUGGGGGGGCGGCGAGUACACUUGGUGCUUACUUGGAAGCAGGGAUUUCUGUACAGAUGAUUCUCUUAGAAUCAUCAUGAGUUGUUGGGGUUUUUUUUCUUUCUUUCUUUCAGUCUCAAGAAACUCGAGAGAUCUUACAUUUCCACUAUACCACGUGGCCUGACUUUGGAGUCCCUGAAUCGCCAGCUUCAUUCCUAAACUUUCUUUUUAAAGUUCGUGAGUCAGGGUCACUGAGCACGGAGCACGGCCCUGUCGUGGUGCACUGCAGUGCGGGCAUUGGCAGGUCGGGGACCUUCUGUCUGGCUGACACCUGCCUCUUGCUGAUGGACAAGAGGAAAGACCCUUCUUCUGUCGACAUCAAGAAAGUUCUGUUAGAAAUGAGGAAGUUUCGGAUGGGACUGAUCCAGACAGCAGACCAGCUCCGUUUCUCUUACCUAGCUGUGAUCGAAGGUGCCAAAUUCAUCAUGGGAGACUCUUCAGUGCAGGAGCAAUGGAAGGAGCUCUCCCAUGAGGACCUGGAGCCCCCACCCGAACACGUCCCCCCUCCUCCCCGGCCCCCCAAACGAAUCCUGGAGCCACAUAAUGGGAAGUGCAAGGAAUUCUUCCCCAACCACCAGUGGGUAAAGGACGAAACCGGGGAGGAUACAGAAGCCUGCUCCAUCAAGGAAGAAACCAGAACCCCCUUAAAUGUCCCUUGCAGCAUGGAAAGCACGAGUCCAGACACUGAAGUCAGAAGGCGGGCUGUGGGGGCAGGUCCUGCCCAGGGGGAGCCUUCGCCACCCAAGGAGGAGCAGGACCAGGCGCUGACUCCCUGGAAGCCCUUCCUGGUCAACAUGUGCAUGGCCACGGUCCUCACAGCCGGCGCGUACCUCUGCUACAGGGUGGUGUCACCAGAUACACAGUUUAUAUUUGAUUUCCCAGGGAAAGAUUCCCAUGCUUUUACGAAUGUAAACUCCUUUGGAGAAGAGGGUUUAAGGGUUUAGGGCGCGGUCUUGCUCAGUCGCUUCCUCUGCUGUGCGCAUACUGAGCUUGGACAGUGCCUGCGAGCUUUCCCGUUUUUAGAAGAGAAACAACAAAAGGCCAGCUCUAGAAAACAAAGCCCGGCUUCUGCUUUUGCUCAGGGUGUCCCCACCGGUUUCCCAUUGCUCAUUUCUCCUUCCGGCUCUCUGGGUCAGGCCCCGCCCUCAUCCCCCCACCUCCACAAAUGGGGUUCCUCAAGGCCCCUGCCUCGGGGUCUGAGGUCACGGCAGGGUGGCCACCAGCUUCUCACCCUGCCAUUGAGGUCCAGAAGGAACAAUUUCCACUUCGGAAUAUAAAUGCUGUUUCAGUAGAAAUCCACACGUGAGAAGUGUGUUGCUGUUAAAGUUAGGGGAAGAGGGAGGAUUAGCCUCAAAACUCUGGUCAUGGAAAUCACCUCACAGGACUUCUUAAAAAUUUUUAAAUAUUUUAUCUCUUUCCAAGCGACCGUCUUUGAGUAUAUCGGAUGGUUUAACAACAUGUAAACAAGAUUUUCCUUCAGGGUGAUUUUUGGGGAGGGGGGCUCUUGUAAAAGAGAAAGGAAACCCCCUUCGCUGGAGGCUGGAGGGGCUGGGGGCCGGAGUGGGGGGGGGUCGGGCUAGUGCGUGAGUCUGCGGCUCUGCGGUGCGGGGGCUGGGCUCAUCUGAAAAUGUUUGGUUUCAUUCCAGUUCCUGUUCAGCAGCAGCACAUAGUCUGACCCACCCCACUGCCCGCCUAGCAGGCAUGUCAUGGUAGGGGAGGGUGGGGGAGCCGAGGACAGCGUAGCCAGCCGUGACCUGGACGGACGUUUGUUCUGCACUAAAACCACCCGCCCCGGGCUGUUGGUUGUUACUCCUUUUGACUUUGUUGCCCCUCCCUUUCUUCGCGUACCAAAUCCACAGCCCAUUUUUUGAGGAGAGCAAAGGAGAGUCCGGUGCUGGUGGCCUGCGUAAGUCGCGAGGCUCGCCCUGCCACACGCUCCCUCUUGGUGCGGCCCAGCACAUCCCGGUGGGCAGCACACGGUGUCCGCCCCCUGGGCCUCCGCGGAGACUGUGCGGUGAGCCUCUCCGCUCCAUAUUUAUUUUUUUGUUCUUGUUGUUUUCCCCAAAGGCAUCCAUAGUGCACUAGCAUUUUCUUAAACCAAUAAUGUAUUAAAAUUUUUGAUGUCAGCCUUGCAUCAAGGGCUUUAUCAAAAAGUACAAUAAUAAACCCUCAGGUAGUGCUGGGAACGUAAGACUUUGCCAUGAGCCUGCUGCGUCAGACCAGUACUAGGAAGGAGGACGGUUGUAAGCAGUCGUUAUUUCGUGACAUUGUGGGUAAGGUGAGCAGAGGUUUGGCAUAUGUUUAUAGAACAUGGGAUGAUACAUACUGAACAUUUGGAUAUUUAAGAUACAUGACGUGAGAUUACUUUGUCCCAGUUACCCCCUCCCGGUUAUCUGCUAGAACCUUGUUCUCAAUCACUGCUUUCCCUGUGUGUAUUAGAAUGCAUGUACGGUCGUCUUAUGUCCCCAUCAAAUACCACGUGCUUGAAAUACUUUGCUCUCUGCUUAUUAAUGUGCCCCAUGUACAAGUCCAGUCUACCUUUGCAUGAUCUGAUCAUUCCAUGGCUGUGGUUCCUAAGACUUGCUAAAAUCAUCGCCAUUCAGCAAUGGAGUGAUGUUUUCCAGUAAGAGAUAUUUGCCGAAUUCCUGGCAUGACACUCUGGUGACUUCCUGGUGAGACCCGGCCUGGCCUUGUCCGUCCGGAUCGCACUGUAACUCAGACAUUCCAAGGGUAUGGGAAGCCGCAGUCACACCUCACGCUCUGGACAUUUAGGCAAGCAGGGUUCCCCCCCCACCCACCCAGCACCUUGGGGAUCAGCCUCCACGUUCAGAAGUUCACGCUCCUCUCAAGCAGACGGUGAUUUGGAACCAAGGCAACUGUUGGAAACCACAUGUCCUGAAGCAAUCUGGGUGACAGUCCCUCGGAGUCCGCCUGCCGUCGUCCUGUUCUGGGGGCCUUGCUGAGAGCCACGUCUGCCCCCGCCCUUGAAUCCUGGGGACUGAUGGUGCUCACGACUCUUCCUGCAAGGGAACUUGAGACCUCCACAUUAAGUGGCUUUUUUAACAAGAAAAAACAAAAACAAGGCAGCUGUAGCUCACGAGCUGCUCUUCUGCCAGCAUUUUCACAUUUUGCCUUUCACGUGUUAGAAGCCCGUGCAGAGAAGUUCUGUGGUGGGAACGUUUGAGGCAUCGCUCCGCAGAGCCUUGGUGAGGUGUGGAUGAGGCUGAGGUGCCAGAGGCUAUAAGCAUUUUUGAGUUGGGCUUGUUUGUUUGUUUUUUGAAGUCCUGUAUAUGUAUGUAGUAGUUUGGGUGUGUAUAUAUAGUAGCAUUUCAAAAUGGAUAUACUGGUUUAACCUCUUAUCCUUGGAAAACAGAUGGCCGUCCAUCUUGUUACACGUAUGUUAGAGAAGUAGCGAGCUGCUCUGCUAUAUGCCUUAAGCCAAUAUUUACUCAUCAGGUCAUUAUUUUUUACAAUGGCCAUGGAAUAAACCAUUUUUACAAAAAUAAAAACACACAAAAAAAGUGAGGUGUUUUGGUAGAAUACCUUUUCAGGUGUGUGUAUACAUGGAUGCAUGAUGGGGGGUGGGGGGGCGCGUCUCAGGGUCUUCUGUGACCUCACAGAACUGUCAAACUGUACAGAUUUCCAACUUGCCAUAUAAAUGAUGGGUUUGCAUUUUAGUUGCAACAAUAAAAUUUUUUUUCUAAAGAACAUGGA